GUAGUUAAGUCAACCCUAAUUUUGUUCCAGCCGCAUUCACCCUCUCUUCUCUGUGUCAAACAUCGCCAUCCUCCUCCGCCCCAAUCCCCGCUACUCUUCAUCCAGAUCUCCGCUCUUUCACCACUGCAAAACCCUCUUCGAAAUUAUUACUAUGUUUGGUAAAUCUAAUGGAACUGGAACUUCUCCGAUCGAAUCUGUCAAAAGUUCGUAUUCCAGAACCUACAAAUCGCAUUUACAAACAGGAAUGCUACAUCAGUUUCCACACUUCGAACUGCAGCCAAGUGAUGAUUCGAGUAGAUGCAAAACUAGGUGGUCCAAAGGAUGGUGCCCUUAAUAUUUUCUUUUACCUAAUUACCUAAUAGGGAAACCAACAAGAAUGAGCACAUGACAGGUCACCUUCAAUCCCUAGCUUUUGCCAACAAAAGAGUUAGUAAGAGGUUUGAUUAUGGAACCUAUGGAUAUCACCUUUCUGAACCACCUUGAUGUUUCACACGACAACUACACACUCAAAGUUCGCAUUAUCAAACUAUGGAGGCAACCUUCGUUUAAGGUCCCUGGGGAAACAUAUGCAAUCGAAAUGAUCCUUAUGGAUGAGGAGGGCAAUAAGAUCCAAGCAACUGUAAUGAACAAGUACUUCGUUAAGUUUGAAAAGCUGCUGGAAGAGAGUGUUUGUCUACUGAUCAAGAAACCCUCCUUAGGUGACAAUACGUCAUCAUACAAGUGUGUGGAUCAUCCACACAAACUUUUUCUGAAUUUCGACUCUACAGUUAAAAAGUGCAAUGAUUUCUUGGGACCUAUACAUGGGUUCUCAUUCACUGCCUUUGAUCAGCUUCGUGGCAACCUCAUUCCUGACGAUUCAACUGUUGAUCUCAUUGGCUAUGUUCAUACCUUUUUUGAGAUUGAAGAAUUCAAACGGAAAAAUGGCAAACUAUCUAAAAAGAUGAACCUUCAGUUACAUGAUUUAGAGGCCCGUAACAUUUUUGUUACCUUAUUUGAUUCCUAUGCUGAAAAAAUGUGGAAUUACCUUUCUAAGAAGGAGGAUGGUGUUCUUGCUGUUAUUAUCUUGCAGUUUGGAAGAUAUAAGUUUCUGAGAGGUCGUGCUUAUGUCUCAACGUUUUACAGCGCUAGCAGUCUUUACAUUGAUGAUGACAUCGACGAGAUUACGGUUUUCAAGAAAAAGUUUGAUACUCUCUAUUUUAGACAAUUAUUUUCAAUGCAUAUUCCACGUUUUACACUUAUUUGUUUUUACAAUAUAAUUCUAUAUAGUUUUAUCAACAGCUUGCUUGCCAAAGAGGGUGAUGAAACUGCUUCAAGCCAUCGUGUAACAUCUUCGCUAAUGCUUCCCAAUUGGCGCGAUGAUUUCUUGACGAAAACGGUUUAUCAUACUAUGGCAGAAGUCAAUGAAAUUGAUCAGGUCACGACUGUUAUUGUUGUUGGUACAAUCAAGUGCAUUACCCAGGGUAUUGAGUGGUUCUAUAAUGCUUGCAAGAAGUGCAACAAGAAGGUUAUAACAAAGCACAUUGCAAGUGAAAUACCUGAUGGGUCUGAUCAGUUUGAGGAAAAACAAAUACUUGAAUGCACCAAUCAGAGUUGCAAUGAACAUGUUGUUUUUGCUAUCCCAAGGUUCAAAAUCCCUUUAAGGGUACAAGAUAAAACUGGAGUUUUGUCUUUGACUUUGUUUGACCGUGAUGCCCAGAAAAUUUUAAAGAAGUCUGCUAAGGAGUUGGUUGAUAAAAUUUUAGAUGGGGAAACUAACAUCUUUCCAAAUGAGUUCAAAGAUUUGGUUGACAAAAAGUUUGCCUUCAAGAUCGAUAUAGCCAACUUCAAUUUGAAAAACAAUUACAAGUUUUUUACAGUGAUCAAACUAACUGAUGAUCCAGCCAUAAUAUCAGAUCUUGAAAAGAAAUACAAAGUUGAGCAGCCUUCCAGCUUAGAGUCAUUUGAUGUUCAUUGCACUGAUUCUCAGUCCCAAGACAUGGUUAAUAUCAAGGAUUCAAUAUCCGGUACCGGUGAGAAUGAAACGCCUUUAUCAGUUUCGGACAUAAGCACCGGAAGGACUUUACUGCAAAAUGAAAGCACAAAAAAGACAAACAUCUAUGGCGAAUUGAAGCGUAACUUGGUUGAGGUGUACGACCUUGACGAAUCCCCCGGUCGAUCAGCAACUAAACCCCGUCAAGAUCCUACUGAAGGUCUGAAAGGAGUUUCUGAGCCAACUCUUUUGGUUCCAAAGAUCGAAAAAUAAUUAUGUUUCCCAAGUUUGAAGUUUUAAAUUUGGUUGUUUUUUAAGUUAUCAUCGUAUUUGUGUUUUCAAAGUUCUCGGAUUUUAGUUGUUAAUGUUGUUGACUAUUUGGAUUCUAAGUUUGUUUUUAAUGAAUGGCUUUUGUUUUCAAA